AUGCUCUGCGCACACCUCAUAAGCAUGCUCCUCAGUCCCUUCCGACCAUGCGAGGGCAUCCCAACCUUUCAAGAAGAAUACCGCGGCACCUACGCCCCGAACUUCAUCGAAGCCUGGCACGGCCCGCAGAUCGUGGCACCGGAUACCCCCUACGUCGCAGCGGCGGGCAAAAACAGCUUGUACUUCAUCGACAGCCGGUUCGAUUCCGACGUCGCAGAGCACAUAAAAACGCAGAUCGAGAGGGCGACUGUGGUGGUGGGGCCGGAGGAGGUCAUCGCUAUCGACGAGAUUGAAGCGACGGCGGAAGUGAGAAACAGCGUGACGGGGGAGACGGUGUUUGUGUUUGAUUCGGCGUAUGCGAGGGUGCUUUUUGCGAGGGGGAUUAAUAGGCGGAAUCCGAAGAUUCAGCUGCCUGAGCUUGAGCUUGCUGGGGAUUGGUUGGUGACUUAUGAGAGUGGUCUGGCGGCGAAGAGGGAGGAUCGGCAGACUGGAGGGGAGAGAAAUAGCGACUCGUGGUCUCAUAAUUCAUGA